CAUACCCACUGAAUGUUUCACUUGUUCAAGGAAGGCUGAAGCUAGUAGUAUUUAUUUCUAAUCUGCCUCAAUGUAUAACCAGGUAUAUAUUAAGAGAGUGGGCUACGUUAGGAAGGGUACCACCCCACAAGGAAGCCUAGGAGGUGGAAAUUACAACAAUAGUUCUAUAGGGUCAUAUGCUUCUAGUGUCUAUGCUGGUGCUGGUGGUUUGGGCACUAAGAUUUCAAGUAGCCAUGGAGGGUUUGCAAGCUUUAAUUUCAAGCAUAAUACUAGUGAAUUCCUGCUCAGAGGUAAUAAUGAGAAGGAGACAAUGCAGAAUCUGAAUUCUCGUCUGGAAUCCUACUUGGAAAGGGUUCACUCGCUGGAGAAGGCUAAUAGUGAGCUAGAAGUACAAAUUAGAGAGUGGUACAGCAAGAAUGCCCCUGGAAAACGUGAUGACAGCAAACAAUUCCAAACUAUAGAGGAUCUGAAACAAAAGGUCUACAAAGCCAUCAAUCACAAUGCAAUAAUAGUUCUGGAGAUGGACAAUGCCAGGUUGGCAGCUGAUGACUUCAAGAUGAAAUUUGAGAAUGAACAAAUUCUUCGAUCAACUGUUGAAAAUGAUAUUGUUGAGUUGCGUAAAAUGAUAGAUCAGCUUACCAUCGCAAAGGCAGAUUUAGAGAACCAGAUUGAGACCUUGUCUGAGCAGAAGCAUUACCUUAAGAAGAACCACUCUGAAGAAAUGGAUGAGCUUCAUAAACAAACAGCAGGUGCAAUUGAUGUGCAAGUAAAUGCCACUCCAUCGGUGGAUCUUGGUAAAAUAAUGGAGGACAUGAGACAGCAGUAUCAGCAGCUGGCGGAGAAACAACGCUUAGAGGCAAAAUAUAUAUUUGACAAAAAGGUUGAAGAGUGGAAUUUAAAAAUUAGUACAGAUACUACUGAACUAGAACAAUGCAAGAGAAAAGAAAAAGAUUUGAAACGUAAAGCACAAGAGUUGGAGAUACAGUUACAGACUGAGAUUAGUAUGGGGAAAUCUGUUUCCGCCACUAUUGAAACCAUAAGCACACAGUAUAGUAUACAGCUGGCUGAAAUUCAGGAACGUAUAAGUGCACUAGAGGGUUUCCUUCAGCAAGAGCGAAGUGGCAUAAGUCAUCAAGUUUAUGAAUAUGAAAUUCUCUUUGACCUGAAAUCUAGACUGGAAGCUGAGAUUGCUACCUACAAACGUCUUUUAGAUGGAGAGGAAUGAGAGAAAUAACCAAGUGAUAAAAGAGUCUCUUCCAGGAAAAUAAAAAUGGAGCCAGAUUUAUGGAACAUAUGGAAAAAGCAUCAAGACAGAGUGUAUGAUUUAAAAUGGCUAACAAUGAAUUUCUCAAUAAAACAAAGUGAUAUGUUGA